AUGCAAGCAGGAAGAAUUGAGGUAAUAGUUGGCCCAAUGUUCGCUGGCAAGACAACAGAGAUGCUCCGUCGCAUUAAUCGUGCAGAGCAUGGACAUAGACGUGUUGUUGUCAUGAAAUAUGACAAAGAUCAACGCUAUUCAGUUAACAAAGUUUCAACACAUGAUGAAUACAUGCAUGAUGCUAUACCAUGCAAUAUGCUUCUGCCACAUUUAGAAGAAUGCCUUGGCUACGAAGUCAUUGGUGUUGAUGAAGGUCAAUUCUUCCCAGAUGUUGUUGAAUUCUCCGAGAAACUUGCAAACUUCGGAAGAACAGUAAUAGUUGCUGCUCUUGAUGGUACAUUCCAGCGUAAACCUUUUGGAAAGGUUCUCGAUUUAAUGUCAAAAUGCGAAUCCAUUACAAAGCUUUCUGCUGUUUGCAGUCAAACAGGUUCUGAAGCUGCUUUCAGUAAGCGUAUUGUUAAUUCUACAGAUGUUGAAUUGAUUGGUGGUUCUGAAUCCUAUGUUGCAGCCUCAAGAGCAGCUUUCUUUGGAAUUCAAACAUCUGGUAUGAUUAAUCUCACAGUAGGCCCAAUCAAAAGUGGAAAAACAACAGAAUUGCUUCGUGUAUUGAACCGUUAUCUUAUUGCUGGAAGGAAAGCAAUAUGUUUACGUCCAGAAAGUGCUCAUGAUUUCCAUAAGUCAAAUGUUGAGAUUAAGUUCAUCCAAAAUCUUCCAAGUAUUGAAGAAUUGAAUCAAUAUGAUAUUAUUGGAAUUGACGAAGCUCAGAAUUUCGAGAAUAUUGCUGACUGGGCAGAUGAACUUGCAAAUAGUGGCAAAGUUGUCAUGGUUUCAGCUGUUGAUGGCAAUGAAAAUCAUGUUGCCUAUCCAAGUAUUGUUGAAUUAUUCCCAAGAUGCGAAAAAGUCACCAAACUCGAUUCUAUUUGUCCACUUACAGGCCUUCCAGCUCCAUUUACAGCAGUUGUUGAUGGUUUGAAGUUCAUUCCAAUUUCUCGUCUCGGAAUUCUCUACAGAGCUUCAAUGGGUCAUGUCCUCAACUCAACUAGUACGAAUUGA